GAGGGUCGGUAGCCGGAUACGCCAAUCGCUGCAAUCGUUUCUCUGUCUCCCAGCAACCAAGAGCCUCGGCGCAUGCGCAGUUAGUACAUCAUCGUAAAGCUGAAGCAGUUGGAGCAGAAAGAAAGCUUUUAUACGUCAAAAAAGAAGGGAUUCUUCAGUGAUGCUUGGAUGUUCAGUUCUAAACUGUCGUCAGCAUGUGGGCCUGCAGAAGCUCGUUGCAAUGGCGGGAAUUGCACAUUCUUCUCUUGGGCCUACAAAAAAGUUGAAGUUUAUUCAAGAUGAUUCAAGCGGGGAGUCUGCUCUUGCUUGCUCCUGUCAUCGCAUCCUUGAAAACCUAGAACUGACCUGUGCGGUGAGCCAGCUUGUGUACGAGACCGUUCAGGCCCAACAGAGGGUCUUUGGCACAGGCUCAGGAUGUCUGCUGUUUUUGGCAGGGGCAUGGAGCCGUGCUGCUCUGGAGUGUCUUCACAGAGGAAUGUCUGUAUCAAACAUAAUCUCUGCUUUGUCUGAGGGCAUUGAGAUAUGCAUAGAUGUUUGCAGGAAGUCUAGUAUCUCAACUGACGAUGUGGGUGUGGUGCCAUCAAAAAGUCUGCAGGCUUCUGUAAAAGCUAUCAUGGUGCCAUCCAGGGAAGCAUUCCAUCUGAAAGGAUCAAUAAGUGUUGGUGACAAAACUCUAAACAUCAGUGGACAAAGGAAAAUUAAGCUCAGCAGACAUUUUUGUGGGGUUGAGUCUGAAAAUCUCUCUUUAGCACAACAAUUUCAUCAGCCUAAGCCACCAAAUAUUCAUCACAUUGCCGAAGGAUUAAGACAUGGCUGCAUUAAUGCAAUGAAUCUGGUUCUGGAAGUGCAUCAGAUGCAAUCAAAGAGUCAUGAGGACAUCAGCUCUUCUUCAUUUGACAUUAGCCAAGUGAUGACAUGUGUUGUACCAGGUUUGCCAGAGGAGCAUGCUAGUGUUUCUUCAGGCUGCAUUGUUCUCUUGUCUGCUGAACAAACUGCAGUUGUCCAUCUUUUGAAAGAAAAACCAUUAAAGGUGGCUUUUAUUAAUGGGGAUUUGUCACAUACUUUUCGCCAUGUUGGCUUCAUAAGGCCUGUAAGGAUACAUCGCGUGAUUGACCAGUCAGCUAUGUCAGGUCCGACCAGUGAGGAGGUGUGGAUGGUAAAGGUCAUGACACUUCUGCUAAACCUGGAAGUGAACCUGAUAGUAGUGAGUGGGCAUGUGAGCAAGAAUGUGAUUCAGUGCUGUUGUAGCCAUCGCAUUCUCACAGUGGAAAAAGUGAAGGCUUCCUUUUUGAACACAAUAGCUAACGCGACAGGUGGCGUUGCAGUCACUUACGCCUCGCAGUUGAAUAAGCACUGUGUUGGCACUGGAGCAAAGGUGACGAUUUGGAGAGACCUUAGCGGAACUGAGAGGAAGUUAUCAGCUGUGAACAUUUCAACAAGCGGGAGAAGCGGGUUGGCUACAGUGGUUCUCACUAGCUGUGUCCAUGGUAAACUGCAGCUCCUGGAGGAUCAGUUCUGGGCCUGUGCUUAUCGUUUACACCAUGCACUAAAAGACAAAGCCAUUCUUCCUGGUGCUGGAGUGACAGAAAUGCUCUGUAUUUAUCAACUUCAAAAGCAGGCAGUGCAUCACCCCAGACAGAAGUCAGAAGAAACAGAAAACCCUUACAGAGGGGAAGUGUUGCCCCUCAUGGCAGAGGGUUUAAUAGAUUACAUAUCCACUGUAAUGGUGAACACUGGAAAGUUUUCUAAAGUCACAGCCAGGACUCUAGUAAACCAACAGCUGCAGGACUGUGCUGUACUUUCAGACUUUAAAGCCAAGUUCUCACAAAUUCUCUUGGACGAUGUAACCGAGGACAGCUCAUCUACCUCAGCCACAAGUUAUGACAGAGCACAGGAAAUGAAAAUCUACGACAAUCUGAGUGUGAAACUGGAAGCCUGGAGGAAAGCUUUGGAUUUGGUUUGUCUUGUCUUACAGACGGACGCAGAGAUCAUUACAAGUGUGGACCAAAAAAAUGUUGGACAUCAAAAUCUAAUGUUUCUAUAACAUUAAUGCUACAUAAAAAUAAUAAUUUGAUACAAAAUGUUUGUUUUUUAUAUUAUUAAUUGGGUCAAAUUUAAAACGCACUGAAAUCUUUUUUUUUUUUUAAAGGAACUGAGAAGAAAGUGUUUUUCUGACCAAAAUGGGGCUUCUUUGAGCAGAAGUUUCUUUAUGACCACAUGGGGGUGACAAAUGAUAAUACCGUAUAAUGGUAUUUCCAGACACUCUCCCGAGGGUUUAUGUAUUUUAAACAUGCCUAACUGAGAAUUAGAAUGAGGACAUGUACUGAACUUUUAUUUCUAUGUUGGUUUUCUAACUUAUUUUUCAGGAAUCAAUGCAUUGUUUGGUGAAAUUACAAUAACAUUGACCUUGAAAGGAUUAAUUAGAAAUAAGAAGAUCAAUGUUACAUUCCGUUAAUUUAUUAAAUUUAUCAGAUGAAAUUUUUAAGGCAAUUUUAAAGGCUUAAAGUACCAUCUCAGACCAUCUCACAAAGCACAUGGCAGUAAGUAAGACUACAGCUGACAAGCUGACUGACACAAUUAUCCAAUGGAUUGUGAGAGACUGUAGACAGAUUAUUGAAGAUCACCGCUUCACAGAAGUUUAAAAAAAAUCUUAUCUGAAAUGUCUAUAAGCCACUGUGAAGAGGAACAAUAAUGAGUAUUCUAUAUAUUAAUUUCUAUAUUUUUAUUGUCAUGUUAAUAUUUGAUCAUCAUUUGAUUAGUUGAAAAUAAAAACAGGUGAAACACAUCUACUUGGAGUUAUAUAUCUUUCUAUUUUGGCAAUUUACAUCAUCAUGUAAUGUUGUAGUAAUGUUGAUCGAUUGAUGAUUAAUCCCAAUAUCUACAUUGUAAUCAAUCAAAUUAAAAAAAUUAAAAAAUCAUCUGACAAUUAUUAUGUUAUCUUUUCUAAAUUUCUUGUCUAACCUUUGUUGUAUUUUAACUAAACUUGGUAAAAUUGUCUUUAAAUUCUAUUUCGUUUCAUGAUUAACUGUACUAGACUUACUUCACACUGGUUAAAAAAUGUCUGUCUUAGGUAAAUGUUUUUUUUCCUUCUUCCUCACCUCAGCCUGGGGAAAUAAACACUGCAUGUCCAAAACUACAGUAUAAUUUCCGUCUCUUGGGGUACAGAAGGAAUUUGGUGAACUUCCUGACAAUAUCUGUCUCUGCUUUGU